GAUAUACCGCAUCAAAUGAACGGCAGUGAUUGCGGGAUGUUUGCGUGUAAAUUCGCGGAAUAUGCAUCACGUCGUGCCAGAAUCUCGUUCAGCCAGGAGCAUAUGCCGUAUUUUCGUGAACGUAUGGUUUACGAGAUAUGUCGUCAAAGGCUUCUGUAG